AUGGACCCGGACCCCUUCCCCAGGGCCAUGAAACAGGCACGGCCGGGAGGAAAAGGAGCCAGGCGGCGCUGGGCCCUUCGGCCCGGCCCAACCCGAGCCCCACAGCCCCUUCAGAUCCCCCGGGCCCAGCCUGACUCCCCCAGGCCCAGCCUGCUCCCCCCUAGCCCCACCACCCCCGCGGCCCCCCCAGGCCAAGCCUGGGCCUCCCCACAGCACCUACCUCGCCCCGUGGCCCCUCCAGCUCUCCGGGCCCUGCCCGGCGCCCACAGCCCCCCAGCCAGCGCCCCGGGCCCGGCCCCCGCCAGCCCCCGCCUGCGGCACCGCCCGGCCCGGCCCGGCCCCCCCACUCCCCGGCACUGCCCGGUCCCGGCCGGGGCCAACCGCAGCAACAGGGCACGGCCCCGGCGCCCCGCGGCAGCCGUUACCUCGGCGGGCCCUCAGCGGCGGGCCCCGCUGCCGCUGCCCCGCGGCCGCCUGCCCAUGGCGGCGCCCCCGGCCCGGCUCGCCUCACGCCGCCUCUCGCCUCCCCUCACCACUCCGCCGCCAGCCAGCCACAACGCUACGCCGUCGGCGUAG